CUGUCCAUUCUCCUCUCAAAAAAAAAAAAACUGUCAAUUUGUCCUCCCCGCUCCUCCCCUGUCGCCUCCCCCCUCACCGUCGCGACGCCGCCCUUCUGCCCCUCCUGCACCGCGCUCGACCUCCCACUAAAUCCGCCGCGCGCGCCGCGUCCACCGCCGCCUCGGAACCCGAUCUUCUUCGCCUCCCGCGUGACAGGCGCGGGCUCCCAUCGAUUGGAAGGGAUUGCUGCAUCAUGCAUUUUUGGUGGAUAAUCUUCAUUUGCUCUUGACUCUUCAAUGCUUGUUGUCUUCAAAAUGUCAGGCUUGCUUAAUUCAAACCUUAAUAGUUCCGCAUCAAAUCUUCCGGACUCAACUGGAAGACCAUUUACAGCAUCCUUUUCAGGCCAAUCUGGAUCAAUUCCAGGUUUCCAUCAUUCUGGUUUGCACAACAUUCAUGGAAGUUUCAACCUUCCAAAUAUGCCUGGAUCACUUGUCCAAAGGAAUGCUGCAAUGAGUGGCCUUCCAUCCUCUGGGGUUCAACAACCCGGUGGGAGCAUUUCUGGGAGAUUCACCUCAAAUAACCUUCCAGUUGCCAUGUCUCAGAUUCCGCACGCACAUUCAGGCGUCAGUGGUAGAGGGAUGAAUGUUGGUGCAGGUCCAGCAUUUAGUAGCAGCAUGAAUAUUGGUGGUAACAUUCAAGGCUUAUCCUCGAGCUUGGGUGCCGGUGGUAGUCGCAAUUCUGUUCCUGGGAUGUCGGUAUCUCCAUCUUUAGGAAACCUGGGCCCACGGAUCACAAGUUCUGUAGGAAAUAUUGUAGGUGGCAGUAAUAUUGGAAGAAAUAUAAGCUCUGGUGGUUUAUCCGUGCCAAGUAUUGCAUCUCGGAUGAAUCUGAGUGGUAACACUGUGAGUGGUAAUCUAAAUAGCAGGAUGAUGAAUGGCCUGCUUCAGCAAGGUAAUCGAUUACACCUACCCCAUAAACAUGUGGAAUAUUCUCUUUUUCAUAGACCCCGCGCAGUGCGGGAGCCUACGGCACUGGGUACGUCCUUUUUUUUUAUAGAUUUAAAUGGACUUCAUGUUUCAUCGUCACUUGCUUCUCAUUUCUCUAUAGUUUUAGCCUCAACUAUACCUGAAAACAUAUUCCACGCGUUGAUUGCCACUUGCUACAUUUCUUUCUUCAUGGCUCAAAUUGAAUAACCUUUCAACUUUUUCGGGAAUUUGGGCAUAUGAAAUAAAUGCGAACUCCCUUAUAUUAUAUAGUUUCUUUUGGAGCUUUUUGUAUCAGCAUGUAGCUUCUGCUUUGUGGUACUGUGAGCUAGUUUUUUUAAUUGUGAUAAUGAAGCCACGUAAAGUGAGAGUCAGAAGUAGUGCCUCAUCAAAGAUUCCCUCAGUUACACAUGAACUAAGUUUUGAACAUUUGUAGUUUUCUCCUCAUGUACUGCAGGGCAACUCAUGCAAUCUAGAUUUACAUAGCAUUGAAGCAUCCAUAUAAAAGCUUGUGUAUUUUUUUAUUCUGUAUAAUAGUGAAACAUGUCUUAAAUUUUUUUAAAUGGUAAUAAUAAGAAAUGUGCAUAGUAUUUAUCUGUUUAUCAGAGUGCAUGUCUCACCCAGCCACCUUUUUGUCAACAUCUGAAACCAGCAUCUCCUCAGUUGAUAAAUAUGCUUGGAAGUUCUUAUCCAACAUCUGGAGGUUCAUUAUCACAGAACCAAAUUCAAGCAGGAAAUAAUUCUCUAAGUUCUAUUGGGAUGUUGCAUGAUGCCAAUGACACCGCUCCAUUUGACAUAAAUGAUUUUCCCCAUUUGACUGGUCGACCUAGUUCAGCUGGUGGUCCACAAGGACAAUAUGGGUCACUACGCAAGCAAGGAGUUGGUGUUAAUACCAUUGUUCAACAAAGCCAGGAAUUCAGCAUUCAAAAUGAAGACUUCCCGGCUUUGCCUGGAUUCAAAGGUUGUUGCCGUCAAAUUUGUUACUAUAAAUUGUCUGUUGAUUUAGUGGGAUUUUCUCAUUUUGCCAUCGGCAGUGCAUUUGUUUGAUUGUGACCUUCAUCAGCUAUGUGCCUUUUACAACUUGUUAAACUGGCUCCUGCUACUUUGUACUUUGUUGACCUUAGCGUUAUAAGUGUCUAGUAAUCAACAAUAUGUUCCUGACUUGUGUUGUUAGCUCCAUAAUUCCUUUACUAUUUAACUUUUGUGGAAGGCUGCCAUCUUUUCUUAUUUUCAUGUGAGAUUAUUUUUACUAUCUUGAUGCAAUUGAUGUGAGAUCUUUUUACCAUCUUAAUGCAAUUGAUGUGAGAUCUUUCUACAAAUCUUGAUACGAGUUCUUUUGUGGAAUGCACUAGGGCCCUAACUUUAGGUCACAUUGUAGCUUACAAAACCCCAGCUUUGACAGACCCUGCAUCGAGUAAAAAGUCACGAGUAGUAUCCAGAUGAGCAUUUGCAUGCGUCAACAGCAAACCUGCCAAACGUAUAACAUGAUGUCAAUGAUUCUUAAUGGCGAACUUGUCAGCAUGCCACCCAAAAAGCAGGCACUGCACAACUUAGGGCUGUUCAUUCACAGGUUUAGCCAGUUUGGUAGCAAAAACCGACCCAACAAAACCACGGUUUGACGGUUGGUCCCACUGAUUUACAACACGGUUAAACCAGUGCCGCAUGCCCCACUUAUACAGGCAGGGACGGUUGCCGCUGUUGUCACUAGGCGCACCUUCUCCACCUUCCUUGGCCCGACCUUCUGGUGUUCCCUCCAUUUUCCUACCUGCUGUGCCCUCACCCUCCUGCUAUCCCCCAAUAUUACAGAGCAGCAGUUUCAUGCAGUGAUGGAUGCCUGCCGCAGGAUGAGUGCUUCGGAAAAGGAGCAGAACGUUUGUUUUAGAAUUUUCCUCCCAAGGGAGACUGCCAUAUUGAGCAUCUCUGCUUCCUAAGGUCAGGUCUGAUAAUCCGCAGCUUGAGGAGGCGCACAUGCAAAGGGAAUUUCCAGCAGCAUGUCUGCCAGCAAGCCAAGAGUUUGCCGGGGCAGUGCUGUGCUUGCGGAUUGGUCUUGUCCCUUUGGCAUGCCAUUUGUAUCUCCCCUCUGCUCUUGCAACGCAUCUGCCUGCGGUAGAUUAGACGGGCUAGCUGGUUUAAACUGCGACGUUUGUUUUAGAAUUUUCCUCCCAAUGGAGACUGCCAUAUUGAGCAUCUCUGCUUCCUAAGGUCAGGUCUGAUAAUCCGCAGCUUGAGGAGGCGCACAUGCACAAGGGAAUUUCCAGCAGCAUGUCUGCCAGCAAGCCAAGAGUUUGCCGGGGCAGUGCUGUGCUUGCUGAUUGGUCUUGCCCCUUUGGCAUGCCAUUUGUAUCUCCCCUCUGAUCUUGCAACGCAUCUGCCUGCGGUAGAUUAGACGGGCUAGCUGGUUUAAACUGCGUUCUGGCUCAACCUUUGCAGAAACCGUAGAUAUGAUUUGGACGGGCUGGUUUAGCGGGAUUUUUGGUUUGGAACCAAAUCAUGAGCAGGGCUAGUAUGAAUGUAGUGCAACAUUGGUAAUAAGAAGGGGUCAAUAUUAGGAUUAUUCAUCAACAGUGGUCGACUGAAAUUACCAUGGACCGUCAUUGUUUGAUGCUGAAUAAGGGGAAAUUAAUCAACACACGUAAAAGGUCCAAUUAUAACUCGCCCACUUGUUUGUACAUGCCAGCCAGCCUGUUACCCCGCUGUCAGCAUUCGAGUAAUAAAAAUAAGUUCCCGAUAUGCUGCUAGCUGCAUUUAUAUGCAAUACAUUGUUGGACAACAGUUAGAAAACAAGUUGAGUACGUUACCUUGAGUUUUUUUUUCAAUGAUGUUAGGCAAUCAUAUUUUAUGAAUUCGUACAGAGAAUUCAUUGUAUAGAUUCUCAAUAAAGAAUUUAUUGUAUGAUCUUGUCUUUUUGUGCUUGUACAUGGAAACACCAUGAGUGCGACACUACAAUCCAUAUUAUACAUGGAACGUAAAUAAGGCCAUUAUGAGGUGUAGCAUCUGAAUCAUCCAGAGAUGUUCUGGUCUCUUUGGAGUUCUCAUGCGACCUGGCCCAUUUCAAGCAAAUUAGGGCUAAAGAACCUCCUAAUGAUGAGAUGCAGUUGUUUCUUGUGUCUUUUGUGAUGCACCAAAAUGAUAAUACAGACAGGAAAAAAAGUUUUUCAGCAGUGUCUUACUCGCCAAAUUAUUACCGGAUACAAGGUCUAUUACAUCUAAUCUUUGCCUUUGAAUCAAAUUUCUAUAAACAUGCUUGACUCUUUUAAUUGUUUGCCACAUCAAAGGUCAAUUCACAUAUUGACUCUUUUAAUUGUGUUACCUGUCUUGAAUGGUUGCUAUUAAAAAACUUGCCUUUUGAGCUUAUUGGAGCAUCAAUGUUUCAUAAACCUGCACAAAAUUAAUAGAAUCUUUGUUAUGUUCUAUUGAUGCUUGACAUUCUUUUUAUGGACAUUGCACUAUCUUCAUGCAAAAUCUUUUUUUUUAACUCUGUUUUAACAACUUGGACAUUAUAAUCACCUCUCCUGUUAUCAGGUAACUCUUCAGAUUAUGCUAUGGAGUUGCAUCAUAAGGAACAACUUCAUGAGAAUGUACCUGUAAUGCAAACACAGCAGUUUCCUAUGGCAAGGUCAGUUGGCUUUAAUUUAGGAAGUAGCUACCCACCUAAUCGUCAGCAACACCAGCAAGGUGCUAACUCAGUCCAGAAUGCUGGAACUCAAAAUAUUGGACUAAGACCUAGUUUGGCAUACGAUCAAUUUAUGCAGCAAUACCAGCAGCCGCAGUCUCAAAAUCCUUUCAGGAUGCAGCAGAUGACUUCAGCUACACAUUCAUUUCGGGAUCAGAUUCAAAAGAUUCAGGGGGGGCCGUCACCACCUGAUCCAUAUGGCUUGUUAGGAUUACUGGGAGUUAUAAGGAUGAAUGAUGCUGAAUUAGCAUCUCUUGCUUUAGGAAUAGAUUUAACAACAUUGGGUUUGAACUUGAAUUCACCUGAUAAUGUAUACAAGACAUUUGGUUCACCCUGGUCAAAUGAGCCAGCAAAAGGAGAUCCUGAUUUUCAUAUUCCAGCUUGCUACUUCUCUGAGCAAACUCCAGAGCUGCAGCCUAUACUUUUUCAGAAGCUUCACCUAGCAACCCUAUUUUACAUCUUCUAUAGCAUGCCAAAGGAUGAAGCUCAGCUAUAUGCUGCCCAUGAACUAUAUAGUCGAGGAUGGUUUUACCAUAAAGAAUCAAGGUUAUGGUUCACAAAAAUUCCAAAUGUGGAACCUCUAGUCAAAACUCCUCUCUAUGAACGUGGGUCUUAUGGUUUCUUUGAUCCACAGAUUUGGGAGACAGUCCGUAAGGACAACUUUGUUCUCCAUUACGAGCUGGUAGCGAAAAGGCCAGCCCUUCCUUCUGUAGCACAAAAUGUUAGAUGAAAAAAAAAUUCUGGGUAUCUCCUUAGUCCUAACUCAAAUUUUGUCCCUGCUGGAUGGGACAAAGAAGCUCAUAUUCACAUUAUGGCAUCAUUACCUAACUCUUAAGGACGGGGAGAAACUCAGAAACUAAGGUUACACUGAUCUGCUGUGAGGAAGGCUACAGCACAGAAUUGGGGCUGUCCAGUUGACAGCCCUUGUAAUUAUACUAAACCAGUGUAGAGAAUGCUGCAUUUUCCUUUGAUCGUGGGGAGCGCCUACUCCCUGUGUAGGAGAAAACCAGUGUAGGACAAAAAAGAGAAGCAAUGGCUCAUGUCCUUCUGUCCCAGCCAUUUCCCUCAUGCGUCGUGAAGGAUCCUAUUCAAUUCAGACUUUUUGCCACGUGUAAGCUGCUCUGCUUGCCCCGCCAGUCACCGGGGUCGGGCCGGUCACAGCUGGCUAGUGUUUUUCGAGGUGUGACCGACCCAGAAUGUAGUUGGCGCUGCGAUACGUACACCGACCAGUAAACGGCAGGCCUGUAGCUGCCUGAUCCUCCCCUCAAUUAAUCUAACUGUGACAAAUAUUUUGGAAUACGCCCGCGAUUUCCUAGAGAGCUGGAUUUUGUCAGGUAGAGCUCUUUUGGCACUAGGAGUUGCGUGUUCCAUGGGUUUUCUGGUCACCAAUGCAUACAGAAGUCAAGUUGUCUGUUUCUGCUCUGGUAAUGCACACACAAAGAAGAAAAGGAUCGAUUUGCGUAAAUAUGGUAUCUCUCUGUCUGUCUGUCUGCCUUUUUCUUGAAAAAAAAUAUCUCUCGUUUCUUCUCCCUGCACAUUGUUUCGGAAUUCCUGCCGUGCCAGAUCCAAUAACCAAAGCUCACAGGCCUUACAAAAGUAGUAAUGAUUUAUUACUUUCCUCAGCCAGACACAAGACAUAGUACUGUAGUGUGUGUGGAGCUGUCGAAACGACUCAAAAUAGUAACUGCCUCUCAGGAGUAAAAUGGCUUACAUUUUCCAGUAGCCAUGAGUCAUGGCCCGAAACGCAGAAUUCGAUGGGAGUGAGUCACGGAGCACAGAAUUCCGAGAAGCCGAAGCGGUUUCUUGAGGAGCAGGAGACACGGGAGUGUCUUGCCAUGCCAACCAGAACCAUCUGCUGCCGCUUCCGCUGCAAAUGAAGCCCUUCAACAGGCUAUGGCCGGCGCUCAUGGAAAGCAAACUCGCCAUCACGCUGUUCGCCGGCCUCUUCGUCGGGGCAGUGGUCUUGCUCUUUGUGCCGCCGCAGUUCCCGGUCCAUGGCGAUAAUGGUGAGCUGCUCUGGCGAAUCGCCAAACUUGUGAGUUGCGAUAUACGGCUUGCUGCGUGAAAUAUGCCGCGAAAUGAGGUAUGCCUUCUGUGCAGAAGCCGACCGGAAUCGACGCAUCAUAUCCUCGUUGCUUGUCGCUACUCCAAGCGUCUUUGGGGCCUAGUUGCUGUUUGGGUCUCCAUCCCCCAAGCCGACCCCUCAAGGUGGCCGGUUACAGGCACUGUGAGAGACUGGUGGCUUAGCAUGGGAACCUUGGAGGGGGUUCCGGGCCGCGGAUUUUGCUCGCUCCUUCUUGUGAAUUUGGAGUUAUGGCUUGAGCGCAACACGAGAAUCUUCAAGCGUGCGGAGCGGCCUGUACAUAUUCUGCUGCUCAAGAUCAAGAAAGAGGCCAGAACUUGGGGCUUUGCGGGAGCUAAGCAUCUCUCUGUGCUGCUGGAGGUUCUCUUGCGGGGCUCGCCGGAAAACGGGGGUGCAGGUUCGCCGGCGGAGAAGAUGAACGGUCAUACACAGCCACCUCUAGCCAUUAUGAUAGCAGAAUCUCCAAUACCCACAGAGCAGGCCCACGAAGAAACCACGAGUUCCAUAAAUUUCACUGGUCCAUUCAUAUGCAGCUUAAUUUAUUUUGAAAAAUUCCUCUACAUUCGUUUGCAGGUGAAGAAAUUGCACCGGUCUCUGUUCUACGUCCUCUGAAGCCAAUCUGCGACCUCUCCGACCGGCGUUACGAUGGCUGCGAGAUGUGGGGGGACGCGCGCACGGCGAGAGGAGCCAGCAAGUCGUCGGUCUACUUCAUCCCACCGCCGUCGCAGCUCGCCACCACCGCGGCAGCCACCUGGAGCGUUCGCUCGCAGUCCCGCAAGAUCGUCGGCGUCCGCGAGGUCAUGGUCAGGUCCCUCAACCUGUCGAGCCUCCGCGACGCGCCCAACUGCACCGUCCGCCGGAGCGUGCCGGCCGUGGUGUUCGCGCUCGGCGGCCUGACGUUCAACUACUGGCACGCCUUCAGCGACGUGCUCGUCCCGCUCUUCACGACGGCCCCAGCCUUCGGCGGCGAGGUCGAGCUCGUCGCCACCGGCGCCCAGGGCUGGUUCCUCAACAAGUACGGGCGCAUCCUCGGGGCGCUCUCGCGGUACGCGGUGGUCGACCUCGACGCCGAUGGCGAGGUGCGCUGCUACCCGCACCUCAUCGUCAGCCUCCGUGGCCACCGCGACUUCGACAUCGACCCGGCGCGCGCCCCGAACGGCUACGACAUGCUCGCCUUCCGCUUGUUCGUCCGGGCCGCCUACUCCCUGCCGCCACCGCCCGUCGCGCUCUCGUGCAGGUCCGGCGGCACGAAGCCACGGCUCAUGAUCAUCCUCCGCGGCGCGACGCGGCGGUUCGUGAACGCGGACGCCGUCGUCUCGGCGAUCGAGCGGGCCGGGUUCCAGGUCGUGCGCAUGGAGGCGACGUUCACCGCGGGCAUGGACGCGGUCUCGCGCGAGGUGGACGCGUGCGACGUGCUCGUGGGCGCGCACAGCGCCGGGCUGACCAACAUGGUGUUCCUGCGCACGGGUGCCGUGGUGGUGCAGGUGAUCCCGUGGGGGAAGAUGGAGCCCUACGACGAGGGGUUCUUCGGCGCCCCGGCGGCGCACAUGGGGAUCCGGCACGUCGCAUACAGCAUCGCCGCCGAGGAGAGCACGCUCUACGGCAAGUACGGCAAGGACCACCCCGUGAUCACCGACCCCGACGUGUUCUACAGGAACGGCAGCAACGCCAAGCUGUACUGGCAGGAGCAGAACAUCCGGCUCAACACCACAAGGUUCGCGCCGAUGCUCGAGACGGUGAAGCGGAUGCUGCGAGAGUGAACUGCUGCUCUUGAUGAUGUACGAGUAGCAUUGUUUAGCAAUUAGCAGACGCAUAGAAAUAAUGUAUAUCAUUACCACACAUUCACACCCAUCAAACCUUAGAAUCUUAAAUUGUUUAGAUAAUGUACAAGUAUACUACUGACACAAACACUAGUGUUUUUAUUCAGUAGCAUACAUUCAACUAGGAUCAGCGAGAAAAU